AUGUCGCAUUACGAAAGCAGCCAGCUUGCUCAGUUGCAGCAGCGAGUCCAAGCGCUUCUCGAAAACAAAGACAGGGUGAUUGUCGCAGUGGCUGGAGUCCCAGGAGCAGGCAAGUCGACGCUUGUGGAGCGAAUGGUUGAAGUUUUAACUUCGUGCGGAGUGGAGACUAGGGUGCUUCCGCAGGACGGGUACCACUUUUACCGUGAGCAAUUGGCGCGAUUCGAUAACCCAGACGAGGCCUUCAGGCGGCGCGGAGCGCCCUUCACCUUUGACGGCGCCAGGUUUGUUGCCAGUGUGAAGCGAGUCAAGGCUGGCGAAACCGUCUGGGCGCCGCUGUUUGACCAUGCUAAGAAAGACCCUGUAGAGAAUGAUAUUUGUAUUGAGCCGCUGGCAAAGGUUGUGUUUGUGGAGGGCAACUACGUGGGGUUGAAGGACGAGCCAUGGCUGGAGUUGGCUUCUGUGGUGGAUGAGCUCUGGGUGGUUCAGACGGCGCCAGAGAUAGUGAGGGAGAGGAUUGUGCAGAGGCACUUGAAGGCAGGGAUUGCGAAGAACUUGGAGGAGGCCGCGGAGAGGGCAGAUGGCAGCGACUGGCAGAAUGCUUUGUAUGUGAUGGGCCAUACCAGAGAGGCCAAUGCCACCGUGCUGAUGGAUAAUUAG